AUGGCUCCCUCUGCAAACAGCGCUGGCAAGCCAAAAACCUCGGCAGCAACGCAGCUCAUUGCUGGCGGUGUGGCAGGAUUUGCGGAAGCAUGUAUCUGUCACCCUCUCGACACGAUCAAGGUCCGCAUGCAGCUGUCCCGCAAGGGGCGCGGCACGGGCGAGAAACCGCGCGGGUUUUUUGCAACGGGCAUGCACAUCGUGCGCCGCGAGACUCCGCUAGGCUUGUACAAGGGUCUCGGUGCUGUGAUCGCCGGUAUCGUGCCCAAGAUGGCGAUUCGCUUCAUGAGUUUCGAGCAGUACAAGGCGUGGUUCGCAAACAAGACCACGGGCGUCACAUCACCGCAGGGUGUGUUUGUCUCUGGUCUUAUGGCCGGUACUACGGAAGCUGUAAUGGUUGUCAACCCCAUGGAAGUUGUCAAGAUCCGUCUUCAAGCGCAGCAGCACUCGCUUGCUGAUCCGAUGGAGAAGCCGCGGUACCACAACGCCGCACACGCCCUCUACACGAUCAUCCGCGAGGAGGGCUUCUUGACGCUCUACCGCGGUGUUGCGCUCACUGCCGCACGGCAAGCAACGAAUCAGGCUGCCAACUUUACUGCGUACCAGGAGCUGAAGAACUUUGCGCAGCGCACGCAGCAAGUCGCGGAGCUGCCUUCGUACCAGACUGCGACCAUUGGCCUUAUUUCCGGUGCACUCGGUCCGUUUACCAAUGCGCCGAUCGAUACCAUCAAGACGCGUAUCCAAAAGGCCGGCAAGGUCCCGGGCGAGACUGCGUUUGGCCGCGUCGUCAAGGUCGCGGGCGAGAUGUUCCAGCAGGAGGGCGUCAGCGCUUUCUGGAAGGGUAUCACCCCGCGUGUUGCCCGUGUCGCGCCGGGCCAGGCGGUUGUAUUUACCAUCUACGAAAAGAUCAAAAACCUGAUCGAAGACGGCCAGAUCAAACGGGCCGAAGAAAAGAUCAAGGACACGCUGGUGGCAAAGUAG